UAUUUUUAGUUUGUACGGAGAGAGAAGCUUAGUGUAAGUUGUUAAAAUGGCAAGAACCAAGCAGACUGCUCGUAAAUCUACUGGUGGUAAAGCUCCCCGAAAGCAGCUCGCCACUAAAGCGGCUCGUAAGAGCGCUCCUGCUACCGGUGGCGUGAAGAAGCCUCACCGUUACAGGCCCGGCACUGUAGCUCUGCGAGAGAUCCGUCGUUACCAGAAAUCCACUGAACUGCUUAUCCGCAAGCUGCCUUUCCAGAGACUAGUAAGAGAAAUCGCCCAGGAUUUCAAGACUGAUCUCCGUUUCCAGAGCUCCGCAGUCAUGGCUCUGCAGGAAUCCAGCGAGGCUUACUUGGUCGGGCUGUUCGAAGACACCAACUUGUGCGCCAUCCACGCCAAGAGAGUGACCAUAAUGCCGAAGGACAUCCAGCUGGCUCGCCGCAUUCGUGGAGAACGCGCUUAAUUAAGAACAUUUAUAGAGAUCCACAAACAACAAAGGCUCUUUUAAGAGCCACCACAA